AUGAGCGCCAACAUGUCUCAGAAGCGCAAGCACGUCGCUGACGGUGUUUUCUACGCCGAGUUGAACGAGUUCUUCACUCGUGAGCUUUCCGAGGAGGGCUACUCCGGUGUUGAGGUCCGCAAGACCCCUACCAAGACCGAGAUCGUUGUCCGCGCUGCUCACACCCAGGCCGUUUUGGGUGAGAACGGUCGCCGCAUUCGUGAGCUGACCUCUCUCCUUGAGAAGCGUUUUGCUAUGCGUCCCAGCACCUUGGCCAUCUUUGCUGAGCGUGUUCCCGAGCGUGGUCUCUCCGCCGUUGCCCAGUGCGAGUCUCUUCGCUACAAGCUGCUCAACGGUUUGGCCAUCCGCCGUGCCGCUUACGGUGUCGUCCGUUACGUUAUGGAGUCUGGCGCCAAGGGUGUUGAGGUUGUUGUCUCUGGUAAGCUGCGUGCUGCCCGUGCCAAGUCCAUGAAGUUCCAGGACGGUUUCAUGAUCCACUCCGGUCAGCCCGUUCGCGACUUCAUUGACACCGCUACCCGUCACGUUCUCCUCCGUCAGGGUGCUCUUGGUAUCAAGGUCAAGAUCAUGCGUGAUCCCGCCUCCAACGGUGCCCCUGGUACCCCCAAGGCUUCUCUUCCCGACUACAUCCACAUCUUGGCCCCCAAGGCCGAGAAGCCCGUUGGACCUCCCACUGUCAUCCUGCACGACCAGCCUGCUGAGAAGGCCGUUGCUCAGGAGUCGCAGUAG